AUGGAAGCGGCAGAGCCUAUAUACGUUACGUUAGCAUCCAUUGACAGGCCUAAGCUUCCUCCUCCUAGUAUGUUGAAGGAUCGCUCCAAGAAACCGGUUCAAAAACAGGAGAGUGAGCCUCAAGCAACAACGGGUCCUUCUAGGAAUUUAAGAAAACGUCCCCGUUCUGGAGAUCCUUAUGCCAUUUCCCAGGAACAACAUCGCAGUAUAGAUCAUCUCGUGGAACUUCGAGAGACUCGGGAUUUGAUGAGAAAUUCAAGUGCUCGUAUCCUCGACCUAGAGAAGGAGCUUGCAGAAGAGAGGAAAACCUCGUCUGAACUUCGCAGUAUUCCUCGCAUUUCUCUGGAUCUUGAAGAGUUUUCUGAUGAAGAGCCUGAUCCCUCCGCCAAGGAACCACUUCCUACUGUUAAUGAACUGUCCUCUUCUGACGAGGAUCGUAAAUAUGGUGACGACGAAAAUGCAGAAACCGACGAGAAUCAUGAAGACGAUGAUGACGAAGAUUCAGGAUCCGACGAGGAUCAUGAAGACGGUGAUUAA